AUGCGCAUGCUCCUGGGGCACUACACCUGGGCAGCCAUGCUGAGGAGGCCACUGCUGUCCGUCUUCGCCGCCUGCUACUCCUUCGCGGAGAAGGCUGGGGACAUGGCGCGGCGGCCUUGGGCUACUGUACGCCACGAGCUCAGGCUGGGCGCGGCACUGGUGGCGAUGGCCUGCGUAGAUUUGCGUCGGCCUGUCGCCGCCACUGUCCUGGCUACCGAUGCCUCUGGCGGCGCCCGGCAGGCCCGCAGUUUCGACCCAGACUUGGCGCCGCCAGGGCUCGAGUCGGCCGCCGCUGGCGACCACGGGGGCUUCGGCGUGGUCAGCCGCGAAGUCCCUCGCUGCGCCGUGGCCGCCGCUCUUCAGCUCAGCGAGAAGUGGAGAUUCAAGACUCUCGACUUUCUAGGGGCUCGGGCAUCAGCGCUCGGCCUCAAGGAUGAUCCUCGCGAUGCUGCUGCGCAGAAUCAUCCUGCUCCUGUGAAGUAUCACCACGCACCGCCAUCUGGGAUGGGAGAGUAUGCCAACGAGCCUUCAUCAUCGACGCCGCCGCCACAUCGCUACGUCAUCACUUGGGAGGAGGAGCAGAAGUUUUUCGAGAUUGGUAAGAGUAUAUUGGGUUCUCAAGAAGACUGGAAGGUUUGUUUCUAUGGACGGUUUAACAGGGCCGCCGACAUCGUUAUCCUGGAGGGGGAGGCUCUGGUCAUGGGGGUCCGCCAUUUCGUUCGCAACACUGCCAACCAUGGGCGUCGCCUGCUGCUGCUAUGCGACAACGUGGGGCUGGUGCUCGCAUCGGGGAAGGGAAGAUCUUCGGUGCCGUCGCUUAACCUCGUGCUUCGUCGGCUUGCUGCGAUCCCCAUCUUCGCCAACAUCGAUAUCACAGUGCGGUGGAUCCCUUCAGAGUUGAAUCCAGCAGACGCCCCGUCGAGACUCCCAGCAGCCAGGGCUCAGGACGCCGCCCUGCACCAGAGCCCGACGAUGGCUCGCUAUGGCGAGCCGCUGCGGAGGAGCUCGCCGCGGAAGGGCGCCCGCGGCGGCGCGACCCAGGCCUUGCCGGCCUCGGCGACGCCGCGGCGCCCGCGGCACUGGCCGGGGGCUUCGGGCUCCACCGGGGGGGGCAUCGGCGUGCAGCCGAACGACUCCUCGGACAGCGACUCGGAGUCGGAGCCCACGGCCAGCUCGAGCGACUCCAGCCCCAGCGGAGCGAGCUACAGCGAGGAGGGCGAGGUUGGCGGCCGAGCGGACCAGGCGCGCAAGAUCAGGGCCUCGUCCAACGUGCACUUCGCGACCUCGUACCGGAACUUCGACAACUGGUGCCAGACGCAUGCCGUGCCAGUUCAGACCGCCAGCGAGAUCGACAAGGCCAUCAGCGAGUACAUGGACGUGCUCUACUUCGACGGGAUGCCGUCGGACGUCGCGUCGAAGACGAUCGCGGCCGUCCGGCACUUCCGCCCCGCGGCGGUGGGCGAGGCCGAGCUGGCGGCCAGCAGGGCCGCCCUGAAGGGCUUCCGCCUGCUCGCCCCGGCCUGCACACGCCAGCCGCUGGUCCGCGAGGCGGUCUUCUGCCUGAUAGGGCUGGCGAUGCUGGACGGCGAGUCGGGGUUCGCAGAGGCCCUCAGCUUGGCGUGGGACACCGCCCUCCGCCUACCCAGCGACCUGAUGCAGUUGCGAAGCCCGUCCCUCGUGCCGCCGCAGCCCCGCAUGGAGAUCUACGCGUGGAGCCUGCUGCUGUACCCAGAGGAGACCGGCCUGCGCAGCAAAGGGAAGCAGUUCGACGAGGGGGUCCAGCUCACGCCGGCAGGCUCCAAGGCCCUCGGCCCUGCCCUGGCGCGCCUACGGGAGCGCCCAGCCCAGGCACCCCUGUGGGACCUCGACGCCAGGCGCUUCGGCCAGCUCUUCAAGAAGUACGCGGAGAUGAUCAACCUGAAGGACCCGCACCCAUAUCGGGUGCGACACGGUUCGGCGAGCUGGGACAUCGCCAGCGGGACGCGGAGCCUCGAGGCUGUGCAAGCCCGUCUUCGGCACGCCAGCGCGACCAGCAUCCAGCGGUGCAGCCGAGCCGCUCGGUACACCGCGGAGCUGGAGCUGGCGCCAGAGUCGGUCAAGGCCUUCGGCGCCGCGGUGGCAGACCAGUGGGCUUUGACGCUCCAAG